AUGGCUCUCGUUGAAAUUGCCGAGGUACUCGCUCGCUAUGCCUCUAUCUGCCAACAAAAUGGAUUGGUCCCUAUUGUGGAGCCGGAAAUUCUUCCAGAUGGAGAGCAUGACAUCCAUAGAUGCCAGAAGAUCACCGAAACUGUCUUGUCUUACUGUUACAGAGCCCUCAACGACCAUCACGUCUAUCUUGAAGGAACACUACUGAAACCGAAUAUGGUAACUGCUGGGCAAGCAUUCAAAGGCACCAAGCCUUCUCAUGAUGAAAUUGCUCUGGCUACCGUGACAGCCCUACAGCGAGCAGUUCCCGCAGCUGUUCCUGGAGUAGUGUUCCUCUCGGGAGGACAGUCCGAAGAGGAUGCCACUCUCAACUUGAACGCCAUGAACAAGCUUCAAACGAAGAAACCAUGGGCGCUUACAUUCUCAUACGGUCGAGCUCUACAGGCAUCGGCCAUGGCAAAAUGGUCCGGAAAAGAUGAGAACGUNGCAGAUGGAGAGCAUGACAUCCAUAGAUGCCAGAAGAUCACCGAAACUGUCUUGUCUUACUGUUACAGGUAG